AUGGGCAAACUUGAUUUGCUUCUUUUAGUACGGAAAAAUGAGAAGAUGAUAUUAGGCAUGUGUGAAGAUCUGCCUUCUGCUUCAUAUUCCGGUGUACUCUCAACUGAAUCGAAAGAUACCAUGAGGUUUGUUGAUAGCGAAAACAAUGUUGAUGUUGACAUUCUGAAAUCUCGUAUUAAAGAGACUACACACAAUUGCUUUAGCAGCACCAAUGGUGCAAAUGGCAGUGAAAGACUUUUAUCAGACGACAGCAAUUCAAAGGAAUGCGACUUAAGUUGUAGUUCAGAAGAGGGAUGCAAUGGAUCUGAUGAACCUGAUUGCAAACGGUCAAAUAGUUCUUCAUCAGUAUCAGAUGAGAAAAUAUCUCUCUCAAAUGACAGUUAUCAGUCUUACUGUGAGUCCGGGUUAGAUCCUGGUGUGAGAUUGAAAUCUGGACUUCUUAUAUCACCAAUUACUCUCACUCAAGAUGUUCCACUGGACAUUAAUGAAGGGUCUAAUAAUCGUUUGUCUACUGUUCUGCAAAACAUUCAGUUGCCACUUGUGUACAUUCCUACCACUCGUCAACUAGUCACCAACAAGAAGGGGACUGAGAAUAGUCAAGGAGCCUCUAGUUCAGUUGAUGUACCUGAGGAAGCGGCUGCAUGCAAUGCAGGUGCAUUAUCUGAACAUGACAGUAACCAGAGCACAUCAACUGAAACUAUACUCAAUAUUGAUGAUAUUGACCAAAACUCAGAGAUAUUAAAGCAAACCAAUUUAGACACUGGAAGUUUAGGUGAAACUGAUUCUUUGUUGAGAUUAAAGGAACCAGACCAGCUUACAUGUAGCAGUUUGGAUCUGGAUUCUGGGAUUCACAGGGUACAUACUGGAGAUUCUCUCCUGCGGACAUUCAAUGAUGCCUCUAGCCUCUCUAGUCUUAGCACUUGUACAGACUUUUCUGUGUCCGCAGCCUCCAUAGAUGAUGGUGAAGGGACAGGACUUUGUAUAGAUACUGGUGAUGGAGGAUUUAUGGAAAUCAAUCUUCAUUCUAGAAAUUCUUUUGAACGAUGUAAAAAUGGCUCUCAAGACAGUGGAAUUGAUGAUAGAGGUGCUAAGCCGAAGCGGAAAGGCAUUUCUGGGUUUUUAUCAAGGAACAUAUUUUCCCGCAAACCAAAAGAGCUAGAUCCUGAAUCUGAACAACAGGGAUGGAAGCUGUUUGGGCGAGUGACACCGAAACAGGUGCCUGUUAAGGACCCUGAACAGAUCUCCCUGGAAUACAAACAACGAGAGAAUCAGAACAAUUCUGUCAAGACAGCAAAAAAGCAGGAUAUUGAGGUCAUGUCAACCACAGCAUUGAUACUCGAAAACAGACCCAUGAAUCUGCCUACCAAAGAUCCUGAGGAGGCAGAGAGACAUCGACAGCAGUAUGAGACUAUGAUUGAGGCUGCAAAGAAAAAAGAACAAAGAGAUUUAAAGAUGAAGAGAAAACAACAAAUGCAGCAAAUUAAACAGGAGGAUCAGCUAUUAGCAGCAGCGAAAAAAUGGACCAACGAAAUUCUGCCGAACUGGGAGACAGCGAAAACAUCUAAGAAAACGAGAGACCUUUGGUGGCUAGGGAUUCCUCCAAUGGUACGAGGGAAGGUGUGGAAACUGGCCAUAGGCAAUGACCUCAAUCUUACACAAGAAUUGUAUGAGAUUUGUGAAAGUCGAGCAGAAGAUAGAAUCCGGCUGACAUUGACAGCUUGUGAUCCAGGAGAAGUAUAUGGUACCUCUGAGACCUCAUCUGAGCCUCCGUCCAGUAAAGAAUCUAGUGUUGAACUUAUCAAACUUGAUGUAUCACGAACAUUCCCUCAGCUCUGUAUAUUUCAAAAGGGUGGACCAUAUCACGACCUGUUACACAGCCUACUUGGUGCUUAUGCCUGCUACCGGCCUGACGUGGGUUACGUACAAGGUAUGUCUUUCAUCGCAGCAGUUCUUCUACUCAACAUGGAUGUAGCUGAUGCCUUUCUUGUUUUUGCCAAUCUUCUUAACCGACCAUGUCAAGUGGCCUUCUUUAGGAUAGACGAGGAAAUGAUGAAGUCUUACUUUCAAACUUACGAUGAUCUUUUCCACGAAAACAUGCCUUCAUUGCAUCGACAUUUUAUGAAAAACAGCGUGACUCCAGACUUAUACAUUAUAGACUGGAUAUUCACCUUGUUCAGUAAGUCCUUGCCCCUUGAUGUGGCCUGUAGAGUUUGGGACAUGUUUUGUCGGGAUGGUGAAGAGUUCCUCUUCCGUACUGCAUUAGGAAUUCUGAAGAUGCACGAGAAUGUUCUGAUACAACACGAUUUCAUCCACUGUGUCCAGUUCCUCACCAAGCUGCCAGAGACAUUAUGUGCCGAUGCACUAUUCAGAAGUAUAGAAUCUGUGAGGAUGAACAUAGACAAGAAAAGAUUCACACAAAUACUGGCUGGGAACAAAGAGACCAAGGACAACACGUGAUCACUGUGGUCAUUAGGGGAUAGGGAUUAGUGAUGAUGGGACCCAACAGGAACCAUGUUCACAAGGGGAUAGGAAGUAGUGAUGAUGGGGCCCAUAAGGAACCACGAUCACUGGGGAUAGAAAAUGGUGAUAAUGGGGCCCCAUCAACAAUAUAUUUGUCUAGUGUAACUAGCUUUGUGAUACAAUUAUGGUUGAGAAAUAGUGAAUUUUGAAUAGAGAAAAAAUGAAAUAUUGUGAAGAAUGCUGUUUGGAAGAUGAGAUUGAUUUUAGAAUAAUGAAGAUGUCAGAAGAAUAUUUGACAGAUCUGUUGGAUGAGAUUAAUAGUCUAUGGGAUACAUAUCGCAUAUAUAGUUAGUAUGGAAACACUAUAUUUAAUACAUCUUGUUUGCCUGGCCAAGUGCUGGAGUGGCCCCUAAAGGACAUGAUUACUUCACCCUGAGAGGGAAAAUAUCUUGAUAUUGUUUGUUUGUUCCAGGACUAUUUCUAAGGUAACUAUUGCCAGAUCAUGGUAUAUACGAACAACCAGGGAUUUUGUAUGAGGUAUUUGCUGUGUUAAUCAUGUUGGAUUUCAUUCGCAAAGAACAAUAAAUAUGUUCAAUGGUUGUAUUUAAUAUACCUGUUACCUCAAUAUAUACACUGAUAUUUCCCAUACUGAGUUGUACUUGCUCAAACAUUUUGCAAUGGUACAAAAAUAUUGAAAGCAGAAUUUUUUCAUGAUGCAUUAUAAAAUGCUAUUUACCACCUUGUUUUCUGACAGAUCAUUUCAGUUUAAUUAUUUAUUGUAGCUGGAAUGUAAACAGAAGUCACUUUAUUUGGAAUUUGUAAUUGAUUGUCUGUCCUUUGAUAUGAAGUUUUGUCAAUGUUAUCUCCACAUUUCAAUUACCCAACUCUGAAUUAUUUGGAAGUCAGGUUAGUAAGAUUAUGAUGUCAUGUAGUGAACUGUUUUCCGUGUGUUGCCUGUGAGAUUUAUUGUUACGGUACGUGUAAGCAUAAUGUGACACUGAGGAAGCUGGUCUUCUCAUAUCUAUUGCCCUAACAUCUAUAACUGUUCCCCUAAUUUUCUUGUGUCCAAUAGUAACUUAAAACAUUUCCUCUUUGUCCAUUUUCUGUGUCACUUAUAGGCCUUUUUAUUUCCUAUCAUAAAACACUAUCCACUGUUUGUAUAUGCCUCUGCCAUGUUAAAGUGGAUUUGAAAAGUAAUGUGUUCCCAUGUCUGUAUGUCCUGUCAUAUCAUUGUGUCCUACCUAUUGUCAUAAUGUAUCCUGUUGUGUGUCCUGUCCUGUCCUGUCAUGUCAUGUUGUCUUGGGAUGUCCUCUCUGUUUUGUCCUGUGUUGUCCUGUUGUCUUGAUGUGUCCUGUCCUGUCCUAUUGUCUUGAUGUGUCCUAUCUGUUCUGUCCUGUCCAUUUGUCUUGUGGUUUUCUGUCUUUGUGGCCUAUCCUGUUGUCUUGAUAUGUCUUGUUGUCAGUCCUGUCCUAUUGUCUUGUGGUGUCCUAUCUGUUCUGCCUUGUCCAAUUGUCUUGUGUUGUUAUGCCAUUGUGUCCUUAUUUGUUGUAAUGUCCUUUUCCAAGUCAAUCAACUUCAUAUCACUUUUUUAUAAGGUCAAGUGUAAAAGAUAGUUGCAUGAAAAUCUGUUCAGUUUCAUUGGCAAUGUUAUCAUUACUAUUUAUAGAAAAUGAUCAACUGAUUUGGUGAAGUCACUCUAAUAACUUAUUUCUUAAGGAAUGUUGAUGAGCUAUAUUAUAAGACUGUAACAAACAAGUUUGUGUGUCACAGUAAAUAUACUUAUUGGCACGUGAUACAGUAAUUACAAUAAUGUUAAGAGUCUUUCUUUUGUCUUUUUCUAAAUCAUGACAUGCUGCUUAUCUUCUGUCCAUGUUGCUAAGCACUAGAAGUUAGACUUCACAUGUCCAUAGCUAAAGCAUUAUUGAUUAAUCUGCAGGUCCAUUAUUAUAGCAUGGUGGCUUACUGUUGUUAAAGUCACAAUGUGAAAUGAGGUCAACAGUGCUUUUGGAGUCAUGAUUAUGACAUGAUAUGUCAACAAGUGAUCAUGAGUAAGGUGUCUUACUGUCAAAAAAAAUUCUAAAUUCUAUGUGGUAAUUUUUUUUUGUGUGUUUUUUUUUUAUGGCAUCAGGUCGCCAAUGUCAUAUUUUUGCUGAAAACAGUUGAUUUUCUUGAAGUAUUUCUGUCAAAUUUUAUACUGUGGUUUAAGAAUCAGGCCUUGUUAAAUUCAAGUACAUGUAUAAAUGAAAUUAAAUCUAAGGUUUAAACUCUGUGGAUAGAACCUUAGCAAAAUCUUAGUUAAGACCAAAAUUUUUAAAUCAACUGUCAGAAUUUCACCACUCAAUAAACGGACUUUUUGUGUACAAAUACUCCAUCAAUCACAAUAACUUGGGACAUCUUUGGAACUACAGUACAUAUAUACAAAAAGUGAAUUUCAGAAUACUGUGCACAUACAAGUUGUCUCCCUUUGUUAAAUUUCAUGGCAGUGUUUGUUGGAAAAGUGAACUAAAUGACUAUUACAAAUGAAUUGUUAAAUAGUUUUAUAGUUGACAUAGAUCAUAUUAAGUGGAAGAGAUGGAAUUCAGAUGUCUUGCAAUAUUCAAACAAUACUCAUGCCAUUGGCCUUGUAAAUAAAUAAGUCCUCUAGAUAUGAAAUACUGAGAUACGUUAUGUUUAAUGUGUUAAUGUUAGGCGUUUGUUUUGGUUGUACUUGAAGAUUAUAUUCAAUGAAAAGUAUUUUAUUGUGAUGGACUGGUGUGAGUAUGUUGAUGGAUGUAUAUAAAAUGAGUGAUUUGGAGAAAUUUUUACUGACAGAGAGAGUAUGUGGCCAAUCAGGGACCAGAUUUUUACAUUAAACCUCGGUUUCUUUACUAUAAUUUUCCUAUUAAACCUUGUGAUAUAUUACUAGAUUGGGCAUUCUUUCAUUGAUUGAUUUGUAUUUUUGUGUAUGAGUGUACAGACAGAUGCCUAAAACAAGAUCGACAAUGAAUCAAAACUUUGUACAUUUACACAUCAGUACUCUCCAAACAAGAUAUGAAUUCUUACCAACACCAUACAACACUUUACAAUUAGAUAAAAUUUAGUUGUCAUAUAGAAUUUAUUUGCCUCAGUAUGUUUUCAUAUUUAUGCCUUAUAUGGUAACACAGAAGAAAUCACCAGAUAGCUGAUUUCAGACCUCUGUUUUUGAUCCGAUUUGUGAAGCAGUGUGAUAGAAGUUUUAAAAAUAGCUUCUAUACAGUAUACAUUGAUAUCUGUACAUAAGGCUUUGUAUAUAUUUUCAAAUACCACUUUUGUAAGAUGAAAUUUAUUUUGUAUACAAGUAACAUUGAUCAGUGUACUAAGUGUUUUCCUAUAUACCAGGUUAAACUGGUUAGCAAAUCUCUGUAACAUGAGGUAAAACCAUAAAUGUUAUGGGUUCCAUAGGAAAACAAGAAAAAUAUCAGAUCCUUGAGUUCUUUUACAUAGUGUAGUAUAUUAAGAUGAUCUUUUAAUAUUUUAUAAACAAUGAAGCUAAUCUAGGGGUUUGUGACAGUCAGGAGUCUUUUAAAUGCAAUAUCAAUAUGGCUUAAUGAAAACUGAUAAUCAUCAAUUAUUUCAUCUGUAGCCACAAUUUUAAUGCUCCUUAUACAUUAUUACAAUUUCAUCUAUAUGAUGGACUAUACAUCACCUCCUGUAUCUUCCCCUUUUACAUCAAAUUAUCUUCUGUUCCGUGCACUAUCUGUACAUUAUUGAUUUUUUAGUAUCAGCCUUUGUUUUAUAUAGAAGUAAAAAACACACCUAAAAUCUUCAGAUGUGAUUCUGUCACUCGUACAUAUCUACCACUUUCUUUUAUUUAGAAGAAAGUAAAUAUACACAUCUUCCUAUACUUAUAAGUCCAUGUCUGGUUAAAAGCCCAUCCAUAAUUAUUGUUGUUCAUUGUAAUUACAAACAAUUGUUAUUUCAUUGUCAUGCAAUAAGCCUACCUUGGGCUUUGAGUGAGAUUUGGUGAUCCGUGGGCUUAUUACAGGAUAAAUAGAGUAUAUUUUGUUUCACUAGCUUCAUUCAAAAUGUUGGGUAAUAUUAUUUUGGGUUCUAUAACUUUCAGUAUUUUGCUUGCUCUUGGAGAAUUUUUUGAUAAGGACAAAAUACUGUGGUUUGAGUGUGAAUUUGCUCACUUAUAAAUUAACAGAAUGUAAGUUUUGUUCAGGUUACCUCCACAACCAAUAUUCACAUUAAAAAAUCCAAAAAAUGUAAUUGUCAUUCAUUUUUUGGUUGUACAGAUAUGUAACAUGAAAUGCUCAAAUUCUUAUGCAUAGAAGUUGCACAUGUUUGUUGAGGAUGUGAUAACCGAGACAGAAUUGUGUGAGGUACUUAUAUUUCUAGUAAAUCUUGUGUUUAUUGGUAGGAAUUUCCUUUAACUCUCUCUAGAAACAUACACUGCUACGUCUUAAGUCCUUAUUCUUGAUUCUAUGUUGAUUUUUAAUAAGCAAUUAUACUAUUGCUUCCUUGAUAAUUAUUGUCCAUGCACAUAUAACAAGAUAUAGAAGUCUGCAUAUGGUGGACAGUAUAUAAGAAAUGUGAUGAUGUUAAAUGUAUCCUGUUGUGCUUGCUAGAACAUAUGUAGUUUGUAUACUAUAACAUGUAAAGAUAGUGCUUGCCAUGUAUACUAGACAGUGAAUAACUUAUUGGACAAGAUGCAAUGCAGACUAUGAUAAUGAUAGCUAUCUGUUGUGGAAAAAAUAAGUUAUUAGAUUGCAGAAGGACCUGUUUAUUUAUCCAGACAGUAUGGCACAAUGGUAGAAGACUUUAGAAUGUCACAUUUGUCUGCAGGUUGUCUGAAUAGACUUCAGAUAGACCUAUGAGACUUCAUUUAAUCAAAGUGGAUGUGAAACUAUCUGUUGCCAUCAUUUCCAUUGGUCCAGCCAUAUCAUCUGAUUAAAUAAAAAAAGUGCCCAAUGUGUAUGUAAAGAGAGAUGUGUUUGCAUGUCUAUAAGGUGUGGGGAAUGUAAGUAAUGAUUAGAUAUAGACACUCCCUCAGAAGUAAACAAGACAAAAUUGUCUUGUAGUGACACAACCCUUAAAAUUGAGCCUUCAAAUCUGUAAAAUUUUACACAAGGGCUGUGAUAUAAAAAUAAAUACUCCAAUAUCACUGACUUUUUAAGGAUAACACACAUUAUAGUGACCAACUUAUAACUGUUGGUGUAGUUUAGCAAAAGUAAGUGUUGAGUGCUGAACAGGGGACAAGAAAAUUUCAAGAUUAUAUUUUAACGUAACUUGAAUGAUCAUUAUCAUGGUACUUAUAUAAAGAUUGUGGUCGCCUUCAUUUAAUCUUGUCCAAAAUCAAUUUAUUUUUAUAUAUUACACA